UCAAUUGUUUUCCAAAUCGGUACCAAACAAGCUAUUAAAACAAUCGAACGUGCGCAAAUGUCGACUUGAUUUUUUCCAAAAACCGAAGAAAUCAUUUUACGAAAUACAAAUUGCACGUUUGUAGCAUUUUCCCCCCGCGUUGUUUUCAAUUUUUGCCCCACAUUUACCAUUCGCUCGACGUCCUCGAAACCGAUCGUCGACUGUUUCAGAGCGGUUUUGAUCGCGGCUGGCGAUGUUUCACGACAAAAGAAAAAAAAAUGUGAACGGGAAGUGAGUGGAUUUUAGAGUGCCGUGGAAUUUUUCAAAACCGAUUUUUUUCGCGCCAAGGAUACCUACUUGAUGGAUUUGGAGUAAUAUUGCGUGAGGCGUCGCCGCCAUGUUGUACGAAACCAAGGCGCAGUUCGCCGCCGUCGUGGCGCUGCCCAUCGUCACCAUCCUCCUGGUCUGGACCUCGGCCAUCUUCCAGCGCAACCGCAAGUCUUGGGGCCCUUACGACAUCCCCAUAGUCACCCUCCUCAUCCUCUCCAUCCUGCGCAACCUCACCGUCCUCACCUACACCCUCUUCGUGGCCCUGAGCCAGGACGCCAUCAACCACGACUACUGCAGCGCCCUCGUGUGGAUUUUCAACUCAAUUCACACGUUCCAGGCCAGUUCUUUGACAACGCUCGCCGUCAUUGGCCUCUUCUCCGUCAAACUCCACCGCAAACAGCAACAUCUGAGGCAGUUCCUCACCGCCACGCACGUCAUCUACCACCUGUUCUGCCUCACGACGCUGUGCGCAUGCGUCGGCGUCGCCGCCAUUUUGGCGCAACCCGAGCCGCCAUUUUUUAGAGCUUGGGCAUCGAAUCCGUGCCUGUUUAUGCCGUUUGAGCUCGAUUUGAAAUACAACGUGUUUAUUAUUGUUUUGAAUGUGUUUUUGGCCAGUGUGUCAGUGAUCGCGUUCAUGGCCACCUGUUUCAAUCAUUUCAAAAUCAAAAAACACGGCUUUGACUAUUUGAAAAAGUCCAAUUCGGAUCUGAGUGACUUGAGCCUCGGCAAUGAACAAAAGAAUUACUACGAUACUUAUACUAUCCAAAGAGGUGAUCACCACUUAUAUGAUGGGCAGAAUCAAGUCGCUUGGAAUAGCGACGUGUCGAAUAUUUCGACAACUGUCAGUAGCACCAACAGCAGAAGGCCGUGCAUUACGCAACAGCCUGUCAAAAACGAUGAACACAGAACUGGAUUAGAAACUAUACAUCCGGUUCUAAUCGUCUGUUAUCUCUUCUAUCAUCUACCUCUCAUUAUACUGUGUAUUUAUCCCGGAUUAGUGGACCCGUGGGACGUCGCAGGUGUGGCAUUAUGGCUAGGCCUGGUCCAGGACGUCUUAAUACCCACGGGGUUAGGAAUCGUUGAUUCCCGAUUUUGUAAAUGGGUUUCAAACGUCUACAAGUGUUCCAACAAUCGUGGGGGCGACAAAUUACCACACGUUGGCCUUGACGGUAAGUUUCGACCGUUUAGUAGCCCACCUCAGUCACUGGAAGUGGCCCAGAAUCAGAGGGUCAUGCAAACAAUCGAGCAUCGAUUUCCCAUAACCAAUGGCUCUCUCUACACAAGUAUAGAUGGCCGACUUCCGGUCAUCCAUAAUUACAGACGUCAUAAGGACCAAAGAGGUGUCAAAACUGAGUUCAGUCACGUCCGGCCGGAGCAGGCCUACCAACGCCACAACUUGGAAUAUUCCUGUCGCAGUUGCGAGGCCGAUUUGUGCCCCAGCCACUCAAACUUGCAUCAUUUGAGCCCCCAAUACAUCAACAAACAACUGAACCUAAUCCAAAAUAAAAAUCCCCUAACCAAACGCACUAGUUUAUCGCAGGAGAGUCUCCGGUACAUCCCCGAGACGCACUUCUACCAGGAGCAGAUAAAAAAUUCGCGUAAUUUGGUCCGUUUGAAUAAAAUGCGGCUGUGUAAGAGCGAGGAUAGUCUGAAUGACGUCACUCGCGAACUGAAAUUCAAAGCCACCCCAGAUCGGGUGGAGUAUUCGAGCUCUGACGAGGAGUAUUUGCCCGAAAAUCGCAACUUUGAUACUUUGAGUUCGCAAAGUUCGUACUCGAUCACCACCGAGGCCAACUGCGACUUUGAGUUUUUCCAAAAUAAUAAGGAGAGGGUUGUUUUCGAGAAUAAGGUGGCAAGGCCUAAGAUACAAAGGUCGAGUUCGUAUAUGACUCUGGAGGAUAGGAACAAGAAACGGAAUAAGAAGUUGUUGCGUUCGAAUUCGAAAUUGUCCGAUUGUACUCAUAACAUUAGGAACAAAGUCAAGUCAGUCGAGUAUUUGCCGAAUUCGAACGCUAGCACUGUUUUUAUCGAAGACGUUUUCUACUUCAAUUACCCGAACCAGCGGAAAUGGGGCGAAAGGAACUACGUGGGAAGUGUACCUGAUUUGAAAAAAGUCUUUAUCUCGGAGUAUAUUUGAACUGUAUAUAUUGUACUGUACAUAUUUUAAUAAAAAAUUAAUCGACA